UCGACGGUGGCGGCAGGGGCUGGUUGCCGGGAUCCCCAGGCAUCCAGACGGUGACCCAGAUUAGGCCCCCGCAUUCUUCCAUCAUGACUUUCUUUCAUGUCUCCUACUCCCCUAUGACAAGAGAAUCGUUCAGCCUCCGAAUAUUUACGUCGAACACAGAAUGAGCAGAAUCAGCAUUCUGUCUUGAUCAAGUUCCAUAUUGCUAGCUAUGACAGGCUCUGCAGUGAAGUUCACGCCGCCUCCCUCGCCUCCCUCUCCCGCGGCGUCUUUCUACGACGUCAGCGAUGAGGAGGAGGCAGAGUACAACACUAUCGCACAUACAAGUUCUGGAAGAGGAGUCAAACUGCUCUAUUCUAAGAGCAAGGUCUAUGUCCACCCUACGCCGUCCGCCAAAGAUAAUAUCCCCGGGUUCAUCGCAUUGAUUCAACAGAAACCCGUAACGACUGCAUCAAACAGCCAUGGCCCAUUCAGUCCGCCCUCCUCUAAACCCGAUUCCUCCUCCUAUCUUUUAGCCUGGGUGCCGGAGUCCUCCCUUGGAGAUGCCUAUAGUACCUAUGUUAAAGUUGAUCUCUCGGACGACUCAUCUCCGCCACGCCAAACGUACCUGGUACCUCCACUCCCGGCGACGACAACCUAUAAGGACCCAGUCGGUCUCUAUGCCUUCGCAGUACCGCUAUCAGAGAUCUAUUCACUCCUCGUGCGACCGCCAAGUUUAGGAUGGUGGUUUGGAAGUCUUGUGAUCAACACUCGUGCGGGGGAUAGUUUCCCGGCUCUUUUCUUUCAUGACAGUGAAUGUGAAUCAACGAUCUUACAGAAGAAGAAAAGGGCGAGGGAGAACUUCGAUCCGUUUGGUGACGAUGGCGUAUUCUGGGGCGGCGACGAGGUGCUGCGAUGGCUGCGGAAGUAUGUGGAUGUGCAGCGCUCGGCCGUUGAUAAGGUCGCGUACUUGAUCAACCCUUCCGAUGAGGAUCAAUUGGCAUUUGGGCGGCCGCUCUCCGCGGAUUCGUCGUCGAAAGCCACGCCCCAUGAACAACCCGCUCAAUCCCACCCGUCGGGGAGCGGGCAACAAGACGCUGGAAUGGACCCGCUGAUGAAAGCACUCAAGGAGACUCGAUGGAAAGUUCUCGAGCAGCUGAGUAAAAUUACAACGUUCACUAGGCGGACGGCCAAUGAUCUUGUGGACAAUCCGCGUCUCCCUCCGCAGGUCCGACGUUUGCUGAAGAAUCCGGAAAUUCAAACCCUGCAAGAUGAGUUCGAUAGUGCCAGACUGUACCUAGCGCGAUGGGCCAUGAGUAUUGCCGAGCAAAGCGAAAGAGAGCGGAAUCAGCGUGUAUGGUCUGCACGAGAUGUUCUGGAGAUGGAGAAUAGUUCCGUUGGAGAUUUCGAAAUCCUUGAACUGGAGACCGGAACUAUGUCCAUUCACGAACGACGAAAGACGGUAACCCUGAAGGAAUGGGAGGGUUUCUUCGACAGUACUAGCGGGAGAUUACAGGUUACUGCGGACGAAGUCAAGGAAAGAGUAUUUCACGGGGGUCUCGAUCCUAAUGAUGGGGUCAGAAAGGAAGCCUGGCUCUUCCUUCUUGGGGUGUAUCCGUGGGAUAGCAGUCACCAAGAACGUCAAGCGUUGAUGAACUCAAAACGGGAUGAAUAUAUACGGAUAAAGGGAGCCUGGUGGGAAAGGAUGAUAGAAGGCACUUCAACUCCCGAGCAACAUGAAUGGUGGAAGGAGCAGAAGAUCCGUAUAGAGAAAGAUGUCCAUCGGACAGACCGCACGAUCCCUCUUUUCGCGGGUGAAGACAUCCCUCAUCCGGACCCAGACUCCCCGUUUGCGGAUUCAGGUACAAACGUGCAUCUUGAGCAGAUGAAGGAUAUGCUGCUCACCUACAAUGAGUAUAACCCUGAUUUGGGAUACGUUCAGGGAAUGAGUGAUCUACUGGCCCCGAUCUACGCCGUGAUGCAGGACGAUGCUGUAGCGUUCUGGGCGUUUGUCGGGUUCAUGGAUAGAAUGGUUAGUGGUCCUGCUUGAGGUCGACUCUUAUGCUUCGGCUAAUUCCUUUUGAUGUAGGAGAGGAAUUUCCUUCGCGACC